UGCUGCAAGUUGACUUGCAUUUCAGCCCGAUAUGGUUCCCUCAUCCAUGCUGAUUUGGUAUCGGCACUUGAUAGGUACGCCUGGCAAUAUAAUCAUUCUUUCUUGACACUAUAGCCUGAUGGUAUACCGAAACAAGUUGCGGUAUGCAAUUCUUUCUGCACUGAAAUUCCACCAUCAAAAUAUAUUUUCUGAAAGUCCAUGGACUGAUGAUACUUGAAGAGGUUCUGCAAGAAAGCUUCAUGUCUAGGAAAUAAAUUCGCUUACGCUUUAUAUUCCUUGACAUUUAGUUAACUCUAUAGCAUGGGAGUCACGCCAAUUCGUGCAGAAGAAGGCAGUGGGCAUUAGUACUCCAUGCAACGAGCAGUGAAAUGCUUGGUUGGAUGCAAAAUGAGAUCAAAGGGAGAGGAAGCAACAUUUGUGUAUUUUGGUUCCCUCUCCACUAUCAAAGAUGCGUCUUAUCAACCUGUGUGCGUGAUGCACCCUUUUAACCUUUGCAGGAAAUGGUAGGUCAUCACCGUCUGUGUCAAGGCAGUUCCAGAUUCUUGUCUUCAAAGCGUCAGGCUUCCACUAUAAAUAUAGCCAAAUGGGGAUGUGGACUUCACACACUUCCUUACAUCUGAGAUCAUACUAUUACUAGAGCUCAUAAGCAUAACGUACAUAGCACUCUUGUUGCAGAGAAAAGACAACAAAAGCCAUGAGCUAUUAUGGAAGCAGCUCGUCUGGUGGCAGGGGUAGCCGCCGAGUCGAGUAUGGGAGGAGCUAUGUGGUGAGGCCAAAGGGACGGCACCUAGCCACCAUUGUGUGGCUCCAUGGCCUAGGUGACAAUGGUUCAAGCUGGUCCCAGCUCCUGGAUUCUCUACCUUUGCCCAAUAUCAAGUGGAUAUGCCCCACCGCGGCAACUCGGCCUGUCGCAGCUUUCGGCGGAUUCCCCUGCACUGCAUGGUUCGAUGUGGAUGACAUUUCGGUGGAUGGUCGCGAUGACACCGAGGGGCUGGAUGCUUCGGCUGCACACAUAGCAAACCUACUGUCGUCUGAGCCGUCUGAUGUGAAGCUUGGGAUCGGCGGCUUCAGCAUGGGUGCAGCAGCUGCACUGCACUCGGCAGCAUGCUAUGCUCACGGCAAAUUCAGCAGCGGCAUCCCCUACCCGAUCAUGCUCAGCGCGGUCAUCAGCCUGAGUGGCUGGCUCCCGUGCUCAAGGACCCUGAGGAGCAAGAUGGAGAGCUCACACAUGGCAGCACGAAGAGCCCUCUCCCUGCCCAUCCUGCUCUGCCAUGGCAGAGCGGAUGAGGUCGUGUCCUACAGGAACGGUGAGCGGUCGACUGAGUUUCUGCGGUCAUCAGGGUUCUCGUGCCUGACUUUCAAGGCCUACAACGGGUUAGGGCACUACACUAUCCCCGAAGAAAUGGACGAUGUAUGUAAGUGGCUCAGCUCGAGGCUCGGCGUCGACCGGCCUCGCUAAAUUGAACAGCCCCUGUGCGCAUGCAAUGGCUUUCGCAGUAGCAUAUAGCAAAGAGUAUAAAACUAUAGAGGGGGUGAAUGCAGGUUUUGUAGCUUGUGACACUGGUGUUGUAUUGGUGUUGUGUAACAUGGUGUAAGGAGUGAGUACAUCAGAAGGAUAUGUAAUGUAGUGCUUUUUUC